AUGCCGCCGAAAAGCAACGACAUUACGGGAGUGCUCUACGAGUCCGAUGCCGAGACACUGGACGGCGGAUUGGCCAAGGAUCUGGGCCAGCUAAAGACCACCGAUGGAAGCAAACUGCAGUUGGUGUGGCGCAACAUCGUGCUGUUUGUGAUCCUGCAUUUAUCGUCGCUUUACGGCGUUUGGUUGCUCUUUACGACGGCCACGUGGACAACGUUCCUACUCUUCCCGGUGGCCCUGGUAGUAACGGCUCUUGGAAUAUCUGGGGGUGCUCAUCGCCUUUGGGCGCAUCGAACCUUCAAGGCCAACGUUCCGUUGCGGUUGAUCUUCCUGUUCCUGAACACUCUGGCCUUCCAGGAUGCGGUCUAUAUCUGGGCCAGAGAUCACCGAGUUCACCACAAAUACACGGAGACGGACGCUGAUCCCUACAACUCCAGGCGCGGAUGGUUCUUCUCGCACAUCGGUUGGCUCUGUUGCCGGAAGCAUCCGGAUGUGGUCGCCAAGGGCAAGCAAAUCGACCUGUCCGACCUCGAGGCAGAUCCUCUGGUGAUGUUCCAGAAGAAGUAUUACUUGUGGCUAAUGCCGCCCAUCUGCUUUGUUUUACCCACUGUGCUGCCCAUGUACCUGUGGGGAGAGUCCCUGAACUGCGCCUGGCAUGUGAUGGCUCUGCUUCGGUGGUGCACCACCCUUAAUCUCAUCUGGCUGGUGAAUAGCUCAGCUCACAUGUACGGAAUGCGUCCCUACGACCGGAAUAUUAGUCCCACCGAUGAGAGCUUCCUGGUAGGGCUGCGAUUCGGCGAAGGAUAUCACAACUACCACCACGUCUUUCCCUGGGAUUACAAGAGUGCCGAGCUGGGCCCAUAUUCCAAGGAUGUCACCACCGGAUUCAUCAACUUCUUUGCCCGGAUAGGCUGGGCCUAUGACCUCAAGAGCGUGUCCUGUGAUUUGGUGAAAAAAAGAGUCCUUCGAACGGGAGACGGUUCCCAUCCCGUGUGGGGCUGGGGCGACAAGGAUCAGCAGAGGGAGGACAUCGUUGGAACCACUGUCACCCACCAGCGGAAGGAUGACUGAGGAUACCUUUCAAGUUAGAUUACAAAAGUGAGGAUAUAGACUGUUUUUUAUAUUCAAAAAUU